AUGUCUGAGAAAUCUGCAAAUUUUGGAUGGGUUAUGAGGUCAAAUAGCACCAAGAUCCAAUGGUGGUUUAAGCUAUUGACGAUGAGUGUUUUUCUUGGAAUCUUGAUUGUGUGGGAGAUUGAUAGUGUCAGCGUGGGUAGUUCAGGGAAGUUUAGUCCUACCUUUAAAGAUAUCAAAUUUACCAAUAUUAUCGAAUAUUACAAUUCUUGGUUAAAUACUUACCAGAAUCUGGCUCCUGAUUUCAGUCUUGAGAUGGUGACAAAUUUGUCCAACAAGGAACAAACUUCAAGUCCAAGAGUUUGUAGGUGGAUUUCAGCUGAAUUAGAGGCAAACUAUUCAUCGAAUCUUCUUACCAAGUUGUUGGAUCCUGGUGGUGAGCUGUGUAAGGGAUCAAGAACUGUGGAUGUAAAAAUCCCUGCUUUGGAUGGUCGCGAGAACGUUGAGUUGUCAACUGGGGAUAUUCAUGAAUUUGUAAUCCAUGCAUUGUAUGAUUCAGGGAAACCUCGUUGUUCGGGUGGUGAUUAUUUUGAAACUGAUAUUGCUGGUGAAACAUGGAAGUCUAGACCACCUAUUAAAGAUUUAGGCAAUGGUACUUACCAGUUUUUCUUGCAAGUCCAUCCUGAUUUUUCAGGGGAUUACAAUCUUACAAUCAUCUUACUAUUUCGACAUUAUGAAGGCUUGAGGUUUUGGCCUGAAAGAUUUGCAUUUGACAAGGUUUUACGCGUGAUCCCAAUAAAAUUCUCCAAGUCUGCUGUUGAAUUACCUGAAAUAUCUCAAUGCAAGAAGUUAGAUCUUGUUAGAGAUGUUUGGUCUGGUCGAUGGACUCGUCAUGUCAAGAAUGAUAGUUGCCUAAUUAGCAAUGAUGGACGUUAUAGAUGCCAAGAACCAAAUUUUCCAUGCCAAAAACCAUGGUGUGAUGGUCCAUUGGGGUCCUUAGAGAGCAAUGGUUGGGUAUAUUCAACACAUUGUUCAUUCAAAAUGUUCUCAAGUGAAGAAGCAUGGAAUUGUUUGAAAGAUCGUUGGAUUUUCUGGUGGGGUGAUUCGAAUCAUUGUGAUACAGUGAGAAACAUUGUUAAUUUCAUUUUAGAUGUGAAUGAUAUAAAGGAGGUUCGAAGAAGAAGUGAUUUGAACAUCAGCAACCCAAAGAAUCCAUCACAAAUAGUUAGAUUUACUAGUAUUUAUAACGGGCAUCCUAAUGCGACAGGGAAUAAUCAAGGCUUGAAUUCGUUGACAGAUGCAAACUACAGAGAACUAUUGAAUGGGUACUUCUCGGGGCAUGUUGUUCCAGACACUAUAAUCAUGAAUUCGGGCUUACAUGAUGGACUACAUUGGUCUAAUAUUAAGCAAUUCAUUGAAGUUGCCGGCUAUGCUGCAUCAUUCUGGGCUGAGGUACUUAAUGGGGUACGACAGAGAGGGUUGAGACCCCCCGGAGUGAUAUAUAGGACCACAAUAGCUACAGGGGGAUUUGCUAGAAUAUUAGGAUUCAAUCCAAAUAAAAUGGAGGCCUUUAAUGGGGUAGUGUUGGAUAAGUUUAAGGCAUAUGGUUUGGUUGAUCAUGUUAUUGAUGAUUUCGACAUGACUUAUCCAUGGCACUAUGACAACAGAUGCAAUGACGGGAUGCAUUAUGGUCGUUUUCCUGUCAAGCAGAAGUGGAUGGAUGGUCAGAUUGGACACCAAUACUUUGUGGACGUUAUGCUUGGUCACGUGCUGCUCAACGCGUUAUGUGAAAGAUAG